AUGGCGCGGCUCCUCGAGCUGCCGCGAGAGAUUCGCGAGCAAAUCCUCCGCGAGGUCAUUGUCUCCGCGCGCCCCGCGCCCACGUCCAUCGCCGAGUGCGGCAACAGGGUCCCCCUCCCCAACCACAUCGACGAGACCUUGCCGGACAUUACGAGCAUCUACAUCGAGGAUGGGCCCCUGAGGUUUCCCAAGGAUGCCUUGCUUGCCACCUGCCGUCAGCUGCGCUCCGAGACACAGCAGCUGUUGGAGCUUAUAGGGCCCGACAAGCUGCCUUACCAGCUCGACGUCAUGCUGGUCGAUCAGGUCGGCAUUUUCCCCACGUGGCUCGCCUUUCCCGCCAUGCCCACGCGCAUCGAGCUCCUGCGCGUGCGGGUGCGCCUCUUUGAUAAACCUGAAAAGUUUUCCCGCGAGUGGGAGGAGUGCAUCGACGAAGACGACGAGCUGACCUAUUGGAACCUCAUCGUCCUCUUCACCGUGUACAUCCUCGGCAUGUGGAAGCGCAACGACUUGGAGCCCGUCGACGAGACCACGAUACAGUCCGGCGCCGGUGACGACUGGUCUGACGUGUCGGAUGAGGGCGUUGACGACGGUUUCUCAGACAUUGCGCCCUACGUCAUCAACCGGAUCGAUCUCGAGUUCCCGCGGUCCGCGACACUGCUCGGCUUCUCUGUGCACCCACUCACCCUGCAGCAACGUCGACGCUUCAUGACGGACGAGUACUUCCAGGAGGAGCACCAGCCCGCCAUGAGGUUCAACGACGCUUUUGUCAUCCUCAGCGACCCUGAAGAGGACGACUACACCCCCUACCGCCAAGCCCUCUUCGCCAAUAUAGGGUCGAUUACAGUAUCGGGCGGCAGCACAUUCAGCAUCACCAAGAUGCUCCUCCAGUACUACGCGGAAAACCACCUCCAUAACGCGGCCACGGAUCCGGACAGCGGUUUGGAGAUGACGCAAGUUAUUAACCGGGCAAGGCGGAGGAGGCAGCAGCUGGGACUGUGGGACGAGACCGGGUGCGAGCAGUAUUCGCAGUUCAUCAAGGAUCUGGCAUUGUGGGAAGCCAUGUUCUUAGCGCACGGCGCUCAUGAGCCUGAACAGCAUGAUACAUACAUGUAG